AUGCCACAUAUUGAAAGCCCUCCUCUGGCUCCCGCGAUGGCCUCGACUGUGGUACCUACGAAAUCUUCCUUCUCUGGUCAUCCUCCUACUCCUGAAGAGGUCAGCGGUAUCCUUAAGACAAUCCUCGAAGCAGAUGCUGCACAGACCGCUCUCGAUGCUUCUUACGCUCUCACCAAUCUCCUCAUUCAGUCAAUAGGCAUCCGGGGCCUAUUGGGCUAUGACUUGAUACCUGCAAUCAAGAAAGCGGCUGCGGAUAAGAAAAGUGGCUCAAAGAGAGAAAGUGCCAUGUUUAUUCUUGGUGCGAUGUUUGAAAAGUUUCCUCGAGAACAACCUAUAAGCGAAGUCGUGUUUCUCGUCCGGGAUGGCGGACUGCUUUAUCUUGUACUCGACGGUCUAGCAGACAAAGGACCCUCUGUCCGAGAGUCCGCGCAAUACGCAGUCGACGAGCUAUUCAAGAACCUUGAACCCGAAGCCAUGGUCGCGGGCCUCCUUCCAGCUUUGCACCGCUACUUGUCAAAGCCGACGGGUAAAUGGCAGGGAACAGUCGCCGCUUUCGCUUUACUGGGAAAGAUGGCAGAUAAAGCCCAGAUGGGAACAGGCACCAAAGAAGAAGAACAAGCGAAAGACGUUCUUCGAAACGCCAUGGGUCGAACACUCAAGGAGCUGAUCCCGGUCGUUGAAGGCGGAAUGCACGAUUUGAAAGCUGAAGUUGCUAAAGCAGCCACCAAAACAAUGACAUCUCUCACGACGCUGUUGCAGAACGACGAUGUUGGCCCCCGAGUUCCUCUUCUUAUCGACACUAUGAAGAAUCCUUCAGCCCAGACGCUGCAGAAAGCCAUACACGCUUUGUCGCAAACGACUUUUGUUGCCAUUGUCACCUCGCCCGUCCUUGCCCUCCUUACUCCUCUUCUCGAGAGAUCUUUGAACACACCUACUACUUCGCAGGAAGUGUUGAGACAGACCGUGGUAGUGGUAGAAAAUUUGACCAAGUUGGUGCACGACCCGGAAGAAGCCCGGACUUUCUUGCCCAAACUACAACCGGGAGUCCAAAGAGUCAAAAACGGCGCUUCUCUUCCAGAAGUUCGAGAACUUGCCACAAGAGCCAACGAUGUCAUGAAGAAGGCCAUGGGUGAGGACAAAGACGCCGCGAACAAUGGUCAAAUUGCAAAGGCAACGACGGACGACGUGCUCAAAAUCCUGGACAGUCAGCUUCGAGCUCAAGGUGGUCUUCAGAAAGAGGAUGCGGCCAUCUGGAAGGACGGUCAGAUUUAUGUAUCUGAAAUGGUCCGAGAAGAUGUCAACAGUCGCGCAUUCGCACGCAUCCCCAGCCGUGUCGGCCCUUACCUCAAGUACAUGCUUCCCGAUGAGAGCUGCUCCGCCGUCGCCGAUGGCGUUCAGAAAUACUUCAUCGAGGAAGACCAUAAGAAAUUUGGUGCACCGGUGGUUGAAGAUCCCAACGAAGUUGAGAUUGUCAACGCGGACUUCUCGCUCGCAUAUGGUGGCAUGUUGCUACUUUCCCACACCAACCUCCGCUUGUUGAAAGGACAUCGUUACGGUCUCUGUGGUCGUAACGGUGCCGGCAAAUCCACCCUGAUGCGAAGUAUUGCUGACGGGAAACUGGAGGGUUUCCCUUCGAAGGAUGUCUUGAGGACAUGCUUUGUGGAGCACAACCAAGGUGAAGAUGCCGAUAUCAGCAUUCUAGAGUAUGUCGCGAAAGACCCCGAAAUUGCCAAAGAAGGUCGAGAGAGAAUCUCCGAAGUCCUCAGCGAGGUUGGCUUCACCGCCGGUCCAGAGGGCAGGCAGUCUCACAAGGUUGGCUCACUGUCUGGUGGCUGGAAAAUGAAGUUGGCUUUGGCCAGAGCUAUGCUGAUGAGAGCCGACGUUCUGCUUCUUGACGAACCUACCAAUCAUCUCGACGUUGCCAACGUCAAGUGGCUUGAAGAGUAUCUCCAAAAGCAUUCUGAAAUCACCUCAUUGAUCGUCUCUCACGAUUCCGGCUUCCUGGAUGCUGUCUGUACCGACAUUCUUCACUACGAGCAGAAAAAACUGGUUCACUACCCUGGAAAUUUGGCAGCAUUCGUCAAGGUCAAGCCUGAAGGCAAGAGCUACUAUACUCUAUCUGCCACACAGGUGCAAUUUAAAUUUCCCCCUCCCGGUAUUCUCUCUGGUGUAAAGUCGAACACUAGAUCCAUCAUCCGCAUGACCAACGUCAGUUACACUUAUCCGGGAGCAUCGAAACCAAGUUUGCAAGACGUUUCUUGCCAAUUGAGUCUGUCUUCCCGGGUCGCCAUCAUUGGUGCCAAUGGUGCAGGAAAAUCGACCUUGAUCAAGAUGUUGACCGGUGAAGCGAUCCCUCAAACCGGUAAGGUCGAGAAACAUCCCAAUCUACGUAUUGGAUACAUCAAGCAACACGCGCUUGAACACGUUGAAAUGCAUCUGGAGAAAACACCGAACCAGUAUCUGCAAUGGAGAUACGCCAACGGCGACGACCGAGAAGUUCUCAUGAAAGCCACCCGUGUGCUCACUGACGAAGACAAGGAACAGAUGGAGAAAUGGGUUGACCUGGGGGACGGCAAAGGCCCUCGACAAAUCGAGAACUUGAUGGGUCGACAAAAGUACAAGAAGACUUUCCAGUACGAGGUCAAAUGGCGCAAUAUGCUUCCCAAGUUCAACAGUCAAGUGUCUCGUGAAAGUCUUUUGGAAUGGGGAUUCCAGAAGUUGAUUCAAGAGUUUGACGACCACGAAGCCUCACGCGAAGGUCUCGGCUAUCGGGUCUUGGAGCCCAAGGUGAUUUCAAAGCAUUUCGAGGAUGUGGGUUUGGACCCUGAGAUUGCCAAUCACAACGAGAUCUCUGGUUUGAGUGGCGGGCAAAAGGUCAAGGUCGUGCUGGCUGGUGCCAUGUGGAACAAUCCUCACUUGCUCGUCCUGGAUGAACCGACCAACUUUUUGGACAGAGACUCUCUGGGUGGUCUGGCCGUCGCGAUCCGUGACUACAAAGGAGGUGUUGUCAUGAUCAGUCACAACGAGGAAUUUGUGGGGGCUUUGUGCCCCGAGCAAUGGCAUGUCGCUGACGGUAAAGUCAUGCACAAGGGUCACCUCGCCAUUGAUCUCAACCGAUUCGAGGAUUCGCGACCAGGCUCAAGCAAUGUCAGCUCGGUGGUGUCGAGCGCCAAUGUAUCCGCCACCAACUCGGGUGUCGAAGACAACAGCGAAAUGAAGUUCAAGGCGAAGAAGAAGAAGAAGUUGACGCGUGCGCAGAUGAAGGAGCGAGAAGUGCGACGAAGGUUACGACAUAUUGAAUGGUUAAAUAGCCCCAAGGGCACGCCUCACCCACCAGACACGGAUGAUGAGGCAGAGUAG